AUGGUGUGGCUAAGCUGGGACCUUGACGAAAGGCGGUACGUAAGGCUGAAGAUUGUCAAAUCGUCACAGCAAUUGACCAAUACGGCCAAGGACGAGAUUCAGAUUGAUGCGGAACGCCGAUCAGAAGCGAAACAAGACGGUGCACUGCUGAACGACUUCAGGAUAACGGGCAUCAAGGGGACGCACAUCUGUCUGGUGUUUGAAGAGUUGGGGCACAGCUUGCCGAAGUUUUUCCUGAAGAGCAACUACCGAGGAAUUCCACUGCCGAACGAAAAGUCCACCGUCCGGCAAGUGUUAGAGGGUCUCGAUUACCUCAUCCACACGGACAUCAAGCCGAGCAACCGCCAAACAGAGUUGAUCCGGCAGCAGCUGGAGCAUCAUCCCAGCUCGAUGACCGCGGAUUACCAGCGCCUGCUGCCGAACGGUGACCGACGAGGACGAAUCCGCUGCACCGCCCAGAAGCCUUCCAGCAACCCGUCGGCCCUGACCAGUCUGGACGCGUAUACUUCCAACAACAAUGACGACGUCCUCGGCAGCGAGAAGACAUCAUCCGCAGAUUCCCCAAAGCCUGUCACCACAGCUUCCGCAAUGCGCAUCCUCCACAGCCAAAAACCACCCUCGACAUCAGCGAGUCCAGGCGAAAAAUGUUGUCCCACGUUAUGGAACGUAAGGACCCUGCCUUGCACCCGGAUUACCUACGGGAUGAUAGCCUCGCCUGCACGAAAGGCACAACCGAAACAAAUCGUGCCCACCGUGAAACCUACGCCGGUUGCUGGAUGCUAG